GGAUUUCAAGACCCUUAUAAUGGUUCCCCAAGCUACCUUUUCAAACAUAUCUCCCACUGAUCCCCUGGAUGGUGCCUAUAUUAACUGAACAAAAGUCACUACUGCAAAAUACUGUGUGCUUCUUGCUUUUAAGCAUUGUUCCAUACUUUCCCCACUCAUUUCUACUUAGAUGAAUCAAUUCCGCCUUCAAGGCUGAAUUCAAUGCAGCUUCCACCAGAAGCGUUCACUGACCAUUCCCAGCCCCUGUGAGUGCUCUUUCCUGCUCACUCUAAUGGCUAUUUAACUGACCCUAUUUUCCAUACCCUAAAUCAGAAUGCAUAGUCUGCAGGGGACUUGUCAACCAUUUAUGGGUAUGAACAGCCAUCUAUGAGACAUUUGAAGCUGGGAAUAAUGGAAUUUCACAUCAAUAAAUUUUUUCCUGCUGUUAAAGUAUAUAUCAUGUGCCAGGCACUAUAUGAAACACUUCAUCUACAUUAUUUCAUUGAAUCCUCGUGAUAAUCCUAGUUGAUAGAUAUUAUUAUAUAUCUUCCCUAGGUUAUUCUAGAGACAAUGAACUGCAGAGCCAGAACUCAAACCCAGAACUGACUCGUCAGGAUAUGCUCCCCACCCUGCCACAGAGCUGUUCAUAGAUGUGGAGAGGGCAGGGGUGCAGGGUGUAGGAGGCUGAGGCAGCAUUAUGGAGAGAAGCUGGGAGAGAUGAGUCUGGGCCUGACCAUGUUUGGGCCAUCUCAAAUCAGUGCAUGCUAAUCUGGAGCCCUGUCCAACAAGCAGCAGGAAGACAGUGCGUGUGAGUACGAAGGCUUCAGUGAGCUGCCUGGAAAUACAGAUCCGGUAGAUCCUCACUAGUUUCAGAGUUGGUGUAGUACAGCGGCUGCAAGUAUAGACUCUAGAGCCAGACUGAAUGGAUUUGAAUCCUGGCUCCAUCACUUAUUAGAUGUACGACUUUAGGUAAGUUACUCGCCCUCUCUGAAGUCACUUGUCCACUCUGCGCCUGUUUUUUUUUUUAAUCUGCAAAAUGGAGAUGAUAGUACUUAUCUUGUAGUGCUGUUGUGAGGAUGAAAUGAGUUAAUAUGUGGGAAGCUUUCUGCAGGGUGCCAGGCACACAGUAGGUCCUGUGAGAGCGUGGGCUCUUCCUCUUCUUCUCUGUUUGGGCCUCUAAAUGUGAGUUGGAUCAGAUCGUCCACAGUACAGCCACCAUAACAUCCGUUUCUGCUCUCCUCUUAGAUUUCAUGAGUUCUUGGAAAGUCUAAACUCUGCUUCUAAUUUGCUGCAUUAUGCUGGCAAACCAUUUAAAUGGAGAAGCAGCUAAAUGACCCUGAAUAGGUGACUUGAUGUCUCCAGCCAUCACUCCUGCUUAACUUGUCUAGGACCCCAAACAGAAUAGUGCACACCUCCUAGCUGAAAAGUGUUUCUGGGUCCCCCAGACCUAUGGAGUGUUAGAAGUGGGACUGUUUUCCUCUUUCAGCACCCAUCUGCCACCUCCCAGCUCGUGGGCAAGUUGCCCUUGAAGGUAAGGUCCAGGUGAGGCAUUUCUGAGGUUAGCUCUGUGAGGGCGGAAAGCCGAGAAGACCACCUCCGCAGGCGUGUGGGAAGCAGUGAGGGCUUUAGGUCCUCAUAAUUCUGCCGCCUUCUGCACCCCGUUCUUGGAUGAAGACAAUUGGCAUUUUCAACAUCUGAUAUGAAGUACUGUAUGUAUGCAGUUCAGGCUUCACUCCAACCCAAGGACUGCCCCUUAGCCCCUUAAAUCAGGGGUUCAGGAGCCACUGAUGCCUGCAGGCUUCCUGUGAAGUUUCACCAGUGCACACCGCAAUCCCUUGCACGGUGACUCAGGCAACAGUUUUAUCAAAUAUUUUGCCAUAGCAAAACAGGACUCCCCAGCCUGCCCGUUUCCAAUACCUGUUUCCUCACACAGUCAGGGUCACAUGCUUUAGUCUUCUGUUAUGGGAGCACGCACUUCAAAGCACCAAUUUCUAAUUUGGUUAGGGUAGUCUAAGCAAUGCUGUGAUUGCAGACAGGCCCAAGCAUGUCAUGGCUCAACAGGAAAGCAGUUUACUUCUCACUUGUCUCAAGGUCUAGCAGGUUGGAUCAUUCUUUUCGAAGCAGUGAUUCAGGAAACACGGCUCUGUCUACCCGGUGGUUCUACCAUCUACAAUGCAUGGCUCUCAGAGUUGGGAACUUGGGAGUUCACUCCAUUCCAGUAUGAUGGGGAAGGAAAAAGAGAAAGAGAGAGAGUGAGAUGGGCCUGGAAGUGUCAUCCCUGACUUUCAUCCGUAACCUUCUGUCCACCUGGAACUCAGUCACAUGCUGCCAGCUAAUAGAAUGGAGGCCGGGAAUGGAGUCCAGCUGUGUGCCUAGGAAGAAGAGAUGGCUUUGGCUUCCCUCACUGCUGGCCGAGUGCCAGAGAAGGUGUGCACGCAUCUCCCCGCCAGUACCCAGCCAUGGGCAACUCCUGCUUUGGCCUCAAGGAACGGCUGAUGAAGCGGCUGCGGCCUCUGCCUACCGUGAUCGUCAUCCGUACCUGCCUGCCCCAGAGGAGGAGCAGAGAUUUCCGCGUGGUGGUGCUCGGCUCAGCCGGCGUGGGCAAGAGCGCGCUGGUGCAGAGGUGGGUGCGCGGCAACUUCCGUGAGGCGUACCUGCCGACCAUCGAAGAUACCUACCGCCAGGCGCUGGGCUGUAGCCACAAGGCGGGCGCGCUGCACAUCACCGACACCACCGGCGGCCGCCGCUACCGGGGCCUGCAGCGCCUCGCCAUUGCCAGGGGUCACGCCUUCAUCCUGGUCUACUCCGUCACCAAGAAGCAAACCCUGGAGGAGCUGAAGCCCCUCUAUGAGCUGAUCCGUCAACUCAAAGGCAACAACCCGCAAAAGUGUCCCAUCAUCCUGGUGGGCAACAAGUGCGAUGAGAGCCACCGGGAGGUGAGCGAGAAGGAAGGUGCUGCCUACGCGUCGGAGUGGAAUUGCGCCUUCUUGGAGACCUCCGCCAAGAUGAAUAUCAAUGUGCAGGAGCUGUUCCAGAUGCUGAUAAACUUCGAGAAGAAGCCCGCCACCGCCGCCGCCGCCGCCGCCAGCGCCCAGCCUCCCCAGAAGAAAUCCCAGAUCCCCAAGACCGCCGAGAAGCUGCUGGGCAAGUGCAUCAUCAUGUGAACCCUGAGCCUUAAGGAGCCCGACCCUCUUCUCCUUCAGUGUGCUGAAAACAUGGACCGACCCCAUUGUGCUGUGUCACCUGUACAUGACUGACUUUUGUGCUGUGGUUUGGGUUGUAACAAUUAGAUGUCAAUAAAUGUCCCUUGUGAGUUAGUAACUUUUCUUUUCCCCAGGCAAGAGAACUCGAAUUGUUAAAAUAUGGACAUUUGAGGAGGAGAGGAAAAAGGAACAGGAUGCAUUUUAAAGGAUGGGACUUGGACGGACUUGAGAGAUUAAUGUUUAAAAAAGAGAAUGGAAAUAGCAAAAUGAAUUGAAAGAUGUCACUGCCCUUCUUGUAAUCCUAUUAUUGUGUAUUAUUCUUAAACAUUUCAAGUCCUGUAAAUGUAUGAUCAUAUCUUCCCGUUGUGUAUUGAAUUGUUGAGACAAGUUUUUGCAACAAAAUCUCUGACAGAUGACUGUGAGACAGAGAUACUAAACAUGAUAAAUAAAUGAAUGUUCUAUAGUUGAGCAUUGAGGGUGGGAGCAGAGAAAAUUGUGAUAGUGGAAUUUGCUUACUAAAUAUAUACCAAUUGUUUCCCAAGUCAUUUAAAAAUGUUUGAGUAUUCUACACUGCAGUUUAAAAAAAUUGUAACAGUUCCGUGACUUAAUAAAGCUUUUCCUGCAUGCAA